GUAAGGUUAUUCUACCACUGUUGUGAAUUGAAACAAAGAAGAACUCCCAACCUAGAAUUGACUCUCAAAUGAACUGAUCCUCUAACAUCAUUAGAUCAAGACCCCGUCCGCCAAUCUCCGAAGACUAUUGCCACACCGCCCUGGAUCCCGCCAGUUGAGCUGCAACUGAAAGUGGAGGCAAAAGAAGAAGACCGGAAGAAGCAUGCAACCUCCAUCAAUGAACCUUCAUUCCCCUCAUCAUUCCCCGCCUCUCUCUCUACUUCACCGUAAUCUUGACUACGCUGUUAGCAUAACCUUGAAACCCUAGUCGUUAUUGUAUCUGUGCGCUAGCUCCUCCUUCAUUUCUCCGCCAUCUCUCGCGCCCCCUCUUCCCGUAUCAUCCAAUUGUCCGGCGUCAUGGUUCCCCAAAUCAAGCAGGAUCCAGACGCUCAGACGGCGCCAUACAUCAAACCCGAUCCCGACAGCAAAGACACCGUUCUCGCCGAUAUCGACGACGAGGACCUGUACGAAGAUGCCGGCGACCUGGAUUUCUCGAAUGCCGCGCAGAGCGUGUGGCUGUCGCGCCUGCCGCGGUCGCUAUGGGAGCAUUGGUCGAACAUCACCAACAAUCUGGACGACGACGAGGAGGUUGUGGUCGGAACCAUGAGAAUUGAGCGCAAUCCGCAAGAUAUCAAACGAGUCAGCUUGCGCAUUGUCGAACGAGAGGACAAUCAUGAAAUCCCCAAGGAUUAUCUCCUGCAACGACAAACCAUCAACACCGAAGCUACGUCACACUCGACCCAAAAUACCUACCUCUUCACGGAACGGGAUAUCCCCGGUCAUGAGAGUCGCAUGGUGGUCUUUGGCGAGGCCCGCUCCGCGCUGUACGAAUCCAUGAAGCGUGAGAUGAAAAAGAAGGAGCGCAAGAAGAAGUGGGAGCCAUAUGUGCGCAAGACUGUGCCGAAACAAACGGCCUUGGUGGGCAGCGUGGCUGAGGAGUUCAACUGCUUGCCCGUGGAGAAUGAGGAGUUCAGACUCCUGUCGGAAAAGAAGGCCAUGGAGGCUCUGAAACCGAAGCGCGAGACCGUCUUCAUUGAUAAGAUCCCGAGCAAGCUGCUCCAGUCGCGCAACGCUCUGCCGAGCGACAAGGGCGCGUUCGUGCAAGCGACCAAGCCCGCCAAGAUCAAGGCCCAGGAGAACAAGACUACGCGUAUGCCGCAGAACGAGCUGCUGGAUCUUAUCUACCAGGCCUUCCGCGAAUACAAGUACUGGCCGUUUAAGACGCUCAAGGCCAGGCUGCGACAGCCCGAGGCAUAUCUCAAGCAGACUCUGGAGAUGGUCGCCCACUUGGUCAAGUCGGGCGACUUUGCUAUGACCUGGGAGCUUAAACCCGAGGCCAAAGAGAGCAACUAUGCAAACGCUAUGGCCUAUGGAGAGGCCAAGGAAGAGCUUCCUCCUGGUGGCGACUAUAACUUCGAUGAUGCCUCGGAGGACGAUCCCAUGGCGUCGGAGAUGGUGACUGAUAAUGAUGAUGCACAGUUUGAGAAUGUUGUCUAAGGAGCACAGGGAUGUAUCUUGCAUAGGCCAUGGCGUUUUUCUAUUUCACUGCGCUUUUUCUUUUUCGGUUCCUGGAGUGAUGAUUCCAUACAGAUUUGUUUUAGAUACAUCCAGUGAGGGUUUAGACGACUGGCUCACCUAUCACAUAACAACCACCAUUGCUGAUUGUACCAC